CUUCACACUCACCAGCCCCGUUUCCAAAGCCUCCACUUUAUCUCUGUAACACACACACACAACACACUCAUCGUUCUCCAUUUUCACCCACCCACACACACACACAGGCACUCUCUCUCCAUGAUCAUCUAAACGAGAAAGUCGAAGAUCAAAAGAAGCAGAACCAAGUUGCAGAACAAAAAAGAGAAAAAGUCGAAAGGAAAACUUGAGCCGAUCUUUUUGGUUACAUCAACCGCGUGCAAAGGACGAUACAAUCUCAAGGUGAGGAGGAACCAUGCCUCAGUUGAAACAGAUCAGAGAUCCUGAGCAGAAACAUGUGAUUUCCAAAAGAAUUACCCGAGGAAAACCGAUAAAUGAUCGAAAACAGAUGAGUGUGGAGGAAACAGCAGAUCAUAAGAGUGUUGGGACCAGGAGGCAGGGAAGGAGAAGAGGGAAAGGGAAGCCGUUGGUGUUUGACGAUUCGACGGUUGAGAUUUCGUCUGAUAAAAGACUCAUGUUCCAUAGGAGGCCUGGUUUUGGUCAAUUGGGUACCAAAUGUGUGGUCAAAGCUAACCACUUUCUUGCUGACUUAGCUGAUAUGGAAUUAACACAAUACAGUGUUUUGAUGGUUCCAGAAGUGAAUUCUACCAAAUUAAACAAGACAAUUAUGAGCCAGUUGGUCAAAGUUCAUAGAAACACAGAUUUGGGGAUGAAGCUUCCUGUUUAUGAUGGAAGAAGAGCUCUUUACACAGCUGGAAGACUUCCCUUUAUAGCAAAAGAAUUCACUGUUACAAUUGAAGAUGAUAUAGAAUGGAUUGGCAUCACAAAGCAAAGGGAAUUCACAGUGAAUAUCGAGUUUGUUGCGCACGCUAGUAUGAGUCAACUACGCGAGCUUCUGUCUGGAAAACAAGUUGACACUCCUUCAGAAGCACUUAAAUUAGUUGAUCUAGUUUUAAAGGAGCUCACAGCUCAGAGGUACAUAUCUGUUGGGAGAUUUUUCUAUUCACCAAACAUUACCAAUCCGAAGUCAAUAGGAUGUGGAUUACAAUCAUGGAGAGGCUUUUACCAGAGCAUAAAACCGACCCAGAUGGGGUUAUCACUAAACAUCGAUACGUUGGCAACAACAUUUAUAGAACCACUUCCGGUCGUUGAGUUUGUAGAACAAAUUUUGGGCAAGCAAGUGUGUACCAAACAAAUUUCUGAUGCAGAUAGAAUAAAGAUAAAGAAAGCCCUUAGGGGUGUCAAAGUUGAAGUUACACACAGAGGGAAUGUACGAAGGAAGUAUCGCAUCUCCGGGGUGACAUCACAACCAACAAGAGAGCUAAUGUUUCCAGUUGAUGAGGAAAGAAACAUGAAAUCGGUGGUUGACUAUUUUCGUGAGGUCUAUGGAUUUACCAUACAACAUCCCCACUUACCUUGCCUUCAAGUUGGGAAUCAGAAAAAAGUGAAUUACAUGCCCAUGGAGGCUUGCAAGAUUGUCGAGGGACAAAGGCGCACAAAGGGACUGAACAAUAAACAGAUCACUUCUUUGCUAAAGUUUUCAUGCCAGAGGCCCAAGGAACAAGAGAAGGAAAUACUACAGACAAUGCAGCAAAAUUGCUAUAAAGAUGAUCCCUAUGCGAAGGAGUUUGGUAUAACCAUCGAUGAAACACCUACAUCAAUCGAUGCUCGAGUGCUUCCUGCCCCCUGGUUGAAGUACCAUGAUAGUGGAAAACAGAAAGAAGUUUUACCUCAAAUGGGACAAUGGAACAUGAAAGACAAGAAAGUGAUAAAUGGAAGUGUAAUUAAUUACUGGGCGUGUAUCAACUUCUCAAGAACGGUAACCGAUAGUGCAGCUCAAAGCUUUUGUCAUCAGUUGGUCCAAAUGUGCCAAGAAUCUGGCAUGGAUAUUAAAAGCGAUAGUGUGGUUCCCGUCUACUCAGCAAGGCCAGAUCACGUGAAAAAGGUUUUAAAACAAGUGUGUACAGCCACUGUAAACAAACUCGGAGGAAAAGAGUUGGAAUUGCUUAUUGCCAUUCUUCCCGACAACAAUGGCAGUUUGUAUGGUGAUUUGAAGCGGAUAUGUGAAACGGAUCUUGGGUUGAUUUCACAGUGCUGUCUAACAAAGUAUGUUCUAAAGAUCAGUAAACAAUAUCUCUCGAACGUAUCACUCAAAAUUAACGUCAAGAUGGGCGGAAGGAAUACUGUGCUGUUAGAUGCCUUAAGAUGGAAGGUCCCUCUGGUUAGUGAUAUCCCAACCAUAAUAUUUGGAGCUGACGUAACUCACCCGGAGUCCGGGGAAGAUAGUAACCCAUCGAUUGCUGCGGUUGUUGCAUCUCAAGACUGGCCAGAAGUUACAAAGUAUGCGGGGCUCGUUAGUGCCCAACCGCAUAGGCAAGAACUUAUACAAGAUUUGUACAAGACUUGGCAAGAUCCUCAACGUGGAAAAGUUAACGGAGGCAUGAUCAGAGAGCUCUUGCUGUCUUUUGAGAAGGCGACCGGGAAAAAACCACUGAGGAUCAUUUUCUACAGGGACGGUGUAAGUGAUGGGCAGUUCUAUCAGGUCCUACUCUAUGAACUUGAUGCAAUUCGUAAGGCUUGUGCUUCUUUGGAACCUAAUUAUCAGCCUCCAGUGACGUUCAUUGUCGUCCAAAAACGCCAUCACACACGCCUCUUUCCAAGCAACCAUAACGAUCGAAAAAGCACCGACAAAAGUGGCAACAUUUUACCUGGUACUGUGGUGGACACCAAGAUUUGUCAUCCAGUCGAGUUCGACUUCUAUCUUUGUAGUCACGCAGGAAUCCAAGGAACUAGCAGGCCUGCUCAUUAUCAUGUUCUCUGGGACGAGAACAAUUUCACAGCUGAUGAAAUUCAAUCUCUAACGAAUAAUCUUUGCUACACUUAUGCCAGGUGCACUCGAUCCGUUUCUGUAGUACCUCCUGCAUACUAUGCUCAUCUGGCUGCAUACCGAGCUCGUUUCUAUAUGGAACCUGAAGUCCAGCAUGACAAUGGAUCUGCUCACAGCAUGUGCAUGGUAAAAGGUGCGGGCGUUCGGCCCCUUCCUGCACUAAAAGAGAAAGUAAAGAAUGUUAUGUUCUAUUGUUAGGCAAAUCAAAAAGGAUAAUCAUGUUUUAGACCGACUUUCAUAGUGUUAAGAGUAGGCAGUAGAUGAAUAUGUUGUGCUAGUUUUGUACAGGGAUAAAAUAUUGAUCAAAUAUACAUUUUCUAGUGCAAAUAGGUUUUUUUCCCUCUUAA